UGUGUUCUGUCUCCUCUCAACUGAAACAAUGAUGCUCGCGUAUCUGGCGCUGCUGGUUGCGCUUUGCUUACCUGGAUAUCUAGAUGCGCUUCAUGGAUUAUACGCCUUCGACCAGCCAGAGAGCUUUCAGAAAAAGAGCAACUGCAAACCCAUACCUGCAAACCUGCUCUUGUGCCAUGACAUCGAGUACACGGAGAUGCGUCUGCCUAACAUCCUCGGACACGAGACCAUGAAUGAGGUUCUGCAACAGGCUUCAUCCUGGACCCCUCUGGUGCAGAAACAGUGUCAUCCCGACACCAAGAAGUUUCUCUGCUCUCUUUUCGCCCCGGUGUGUCUGGCUGAUCUAGACGAGCCGAUUCAGCCGUGCAGGUCGCUGUGUGAGAGCGUAAAGAGCGGCUGCGCUCCAGUGAUGGCCGCGUUUGGGUUCCCUUGGCCGGACAUGUUGGACUGCAAUCGCUUCCCUCUAGAUAAUGACCUGUGCGUACCUCCUGCUGUUUUAGUGCCAGUCACCAAGGAAGUUCCAAGAGUGUGUGAAGCCUGCAAAGAAAAGCCUGAGGAUGACAAUGAAAUUGUGAACAACCUGUGCAAAAAUGACUUUGCUUUAAAGAUCAAAGUCAAGGAGAUCUCCUACAUGAAUGGCGACACCAAAAUCAUUCCAGAAGUCAAGAGCAAGACUAUCUACAAGCUGAAUGAUGGCGUUACUGAUCGUGACUUCAGGAAGAUGGUGCUUUGGCUGAAAGAUGGUCUCCAGUGUGUGUGUGAUGAAAUUAAUGACAUCAAUGCUUCUUAUCUGGUGAUGGGCCAAAAGAUGGAUGGAAAUUUGGUCAUCACGUCAUUAAAACGCUGGCAGACGGGUCAGCAGGAAUUUAAGAGAAUUUCUCGUAGUAUUCGCAAGCUUCAGUGCUAG